AUGUUCUCAACAAAGACAAGCGUGCCCACUGGAAUGAUGACCAUUAGCCCUGCACCCGCUCCUGAAAACACCCCAGCAAGCAUUCCAACAGUGCUUGCUGAUAUCCUAGUUGUCAAGUUCGCGACUACACCCACGGUUGCCAACUUUAUCAAAGAGGUCCCUUGUUGGUGAGCUGAGAGAAUGCGGCAACUCUGCAGUCACCGAGAUGGGCAAUUUGUGCAGCCUCCUUGGUAGUGAGGGUUGAGGACAUGAGGACGAUGUGUCACUUCAUGUCUGGAGACGCGUGUUUGGUACCCAUGAGAUGGUAAUGGUGUAUGGAAGCUCAGCUGGGCUGAUGUGAGGAGGAUUGAGAGCAGGAUCACUGUUUCCAAUAGAGGCUGGCGACCUGCCUAGAUCGCUGUGACCAUCAGUGCCAUGGUCAUCAUUCAAUGAGGAAUGGGGACUAGCUGUGGGCGCUAAUUCUACUAUAUGGAAAUAUAAUUCUAUUGUAUUGAAACAUAAAAAUAUGAGAAAUUUGACCAUU